AUGACAUUUAAUCAAAAAGAGUUGAGCAUUAUUAAACUAGAUGUAAUAAAAAAUCAAGAACUUUUAACUGAAGUCAUCGAUAGAUCACGCCUUCAAGUAAUAGAGAACUCAUUUGAUCGAUCUAAAAUUGAUAUGCCAUUAUUAAAUAUGGACCAAUUUAACGCUAUCGAAGAAAAUGAUGAACAAAAACAGCUUUUAGCUCAUACCAUACGCAGACUUAGAAAGUCUUUUGAUGCCAAACGGACAACCUAUCAAAUAAUGAAGAUGGUGAUAGAUAAUCGUUUAGCUGAAGGAUUGAAUAUGGGAGGAAAAAGAGGGGGAAAACGGGCAUUUGGACGACUAGCUAUCUGCACUUUAAUAAUUGAUGCUGUUAAAGAUUUUUUUCCAAAUGAGUCUAUUUUGGUGAUUAAAACUUAUAUGAGUGAUUGGCUAAAACAAGCGCCAAAAAGAAAAUGA